AAAACGUUUUCUGUUUUCACAUGUGGGUUUUGCGUUUUUAUUCUUGCUCUCCAUUAACAGAUAGAUAGAUAUUCUUGCUCUUAUUAAAUAUAAAUAAUACUUAUAAACUAUUUAAAAAUGGAGGAACACGUAGCUUUAGAUUCUAAAAAACAGAAUAAGUUCGUAAAAUCCCUAAAAGGGAUUAAAAAGUUGAUGAAGGAAACUGGUGCCUUACCAGAGAAACCACGAAAAGAAAAGAAAUCCAUCAAAGGUGGAAAAAUUAAAAAGAAGAGGCUUUCGAGGAGGGGUUUAGUUUAUUUGUCACACAUACCUCAUGGAUUUUACGAGCACCAAAUGACAGAAUAUUUUAAGCAGUUUGGUAUGGUGACUAAUGCAAGGGUUAUCAAAUCGAAACGCACUGGUCGUUCCAAGGGGCAUGCAUUUGUUGAGUUCAGAGACCCGGCAGUUGCCCAGGUUGUGGCAGAGACAAUGAACAAUUAUUUAAUGGGGAAAAGGUUAAUUAAAGCUGUCUACAUUCCUCCUAAAGAUCAGAGAGUAAACGCUAGAAGGAAGAAUUGGAACUUGCAAAAUAACCCUGGGGCAAGAACUAAGUUAAAUAUGAAAAAGGCAUAUAAUGCAACGAAGAGUGAUAAGGAAGACAUGAAAAUAGCAUCCAAACUUUUUACCAAUUUAACAAAUACAAAGAAUAAACUUAAAGAAUUGGGUAUAGAUUAUGACUUUUUCACACCUGUUGAUGUACCAGAGGGAUUAACGGAGAAGAUGGAAGUGAAAAAAGAAAUAGAUGAAGACAAGAAUGGUAUUCUUGAUGAGAAACUCGACAAGAAAUUAGAAAAAAAGAAAGGCAAGAAAGAUAAAACAGUUGCUGAAUCAAAUGAGGUAAUAAAUGAUGCAAAAAAAGAAAAAGCCACAACAAAAAAGAUAAAAGAAAAGAAAGAGGUCAAAGCUGAACAAUCUAAAGAAGAUGAAUCUGCAGUAGUUCCUAAAAAUAGGUACACAAAAAGUAUAGAGAAAAUGAAGGCAAUUGCAAAAAGUAGAAUGGAAAAUAAAGAGUCUACAGAAGUUGAGACUGAUGGAAAUGAAAAACUCAAAGCUGCAGGACUUAAAUCUUUAGAAGAUUUCAUGUCACUUUAUGUAGAUGGAGUCGAAAGUGAUAGUUCUCACGAAUUUGAGUCCGAGGAAUUUCAAAAAGAAUUAAAGGCAAUUCGUGAAGAAAUUGGGUCAAGUGAUGAAGAAAUAAUUAUGAAUUAUGAAGAAAGCAAUAUAGAUGAAAAUAAAUUAAAACCAGAUGAAGUUGUUGAUAAUAGUGACAGUUGCAGUAAAGAGUUGCCUGUGAAAAAGAAGAAGGAAAGUAAAAAGAUGGAAGUUCCUGCAGCAACAAGUAAACCAAAAGUAAAAGAAACAUUUAUGCAGCAGAUGAAGAGGAAGCAGAAUGAAAAACCAGCUGUGUCAUCGAAGAAGCCAAAGUUUGAGAAGCAGAACAACAAAAAGCUGCCAAGCAAACAGUUAAAGAAGAAAAAGUAGUAAUUUAAACAAUGAUAAUGUAAAAUAAGGCUUGUUUUAAGUUUAAUACAUUUGAUUUU